UAAAUGCAUAGAAGUGCGAGAUGACAGACUACAUCGAGUACCGUGUGAGAAGUAAACAUGGCGCUAUAAACCAUUCCAUCCCUCAAGGUUUUGUUGUGUGCGUAGCUGUCAGUCGGCCUUGUUUGUAAAAAAAAUCGGCCUAAAAGCAUAGGAAAGGAAAGAAAAAAAGUGCAACGAGAGUGUGACUCGUCUCGGCAGUCCGAAAAUAAAGACAAGAUUCUUUGGGGCCAGAACAUCGAACGGCCCAAAAACCCGAAGAGACGGUGUCGGAGGCAAAAAAUAAAACAAAAACCAACGGCAAUAGUGCAGCGAAGGUAGCUGGGGGGAAAACGACGGAUUGGCGCAGCGUUUUCGUCGGUUGCACGAAUGAUUACACCCAGGCCUGUCCGCUCGGAACGCGUACGAUCGUACCGUAAAGGCAUUGACUUGCUGUAGGUCCCGUACCAGGACGGUGAUAUUUAGUGCGAUAAAACAGGGCCCGCUCUAGGAUAUGGCAUCGGUGUCUCGGAAGCUGCCGUCCAAACUAUAUGCUAUUCAAGCUCAUAGCAGUAAAGUAACAUGCCUAGACAUUGGAGAAACAGGACGCGUGUUGGUUACUGGUGGUCAAGAUCGCAACCUAAAGCUAUGGACAUUCGGUGACGAGAAGUGUUUUAUGACACUUCCCGGUCACAAUUCGUCCAUCGAUUGUGUGAAAUUUGCAUAUUCCGAUGACUUUGUCUACUCGGCGGAUGAUACGGGCGUAAUCAAGCGCUGGAAUCUGAAUGCAUCCGAUUCCACGUCACUGUUUGGGCACAUGAAGAGUGUCCGGACGCUUGAUUUCUAUCCGUACAGCGAUACAUAUCUGGUGUCCGGCAGCAAUGAUACGUCGAUUCGGCUGUGGGAUGUACGGGAGAAGGUGUGCAUUAAGCGUUACCGGGGUCAUAUGUCGCAUGUGAACUCGGUUAAAUUUUCUCCCGAUGGAUCGUGGAUUGCUUCUGCCGGUGCUGAAGGAAGCGUUAUUAUAUGGGAUAUCAGAAUGAGCAAACUUUUUAUGGAGUUUACCGAAAGACAGACACCGGCAACAUGCGUAAAGUAUCAUCCCACCGAUCUGUUAAUGGCGGCCGGUCGUAACGACGGUACGGUGGAUCUGUACGAUCUCGAAAAACGACAGUUGAUUACACAAACGCCUGCACUGCACAGUCCGGGCGCUGGCGGCACUGGUCAACCCGUGCGUUGUAUCACGUUCGAUGAGAGCGGGAAGUGUUUGUUCGUCGGUACCGGGGCUGGCAUUACCGUUGUAGGAUGGGAACCGGACCGGGAGUACGAUCGAAUCGAUUCCAACUGGUGUCAGCUGGGCGAUAUGAAGAUUGCCGGUUCAAAGUUGCUGUUCGGCACGUACGAGGACGCGUCGGUUGCGAUCCAUGCCGUACCGUUAGGGCAUCUGCGUGCGUUCUACAAUCCGCAAAAUACACAAUCACAAUCAUUCACCCACAAUCAAACGUCGCGGAAAAGCUUCAGCAGGGGAAGCGGCAAGGUGCGGUUGUCUAUUGGUGGCAGUGGGGGUGGUACUGGACUGGCGUCGGAUGUGGGCCAGGAAGGAGAGGGUGGCAGUGGUAAUGGGGGAGGUAUGUCACCAAAUUUGAACAUCGAAAUGAUUGACGAAGAGGACGCUACGUAUGGUAGUGCGUUUGAUUUCGAUCUACCGCCGGCCAAAAGUUCGCUGGAUGCUCUCGGGAAUGGAGGGUUGGCGGUAGGUGGUGGUUCGAAUGCAGGAAUACCAUUCCCGGCCGGUUCGGGUGAUACGGUAAUGCCAUCGGCUGGUCCGCUCGUUAACAAUCACUAUCUGGUGCGGGAAGAGAUGCAGAUGUACAACUUGAGUAGCCUCGAUUACUAUCCACUGCCGAAGGGUAUCGUGCCAGAGGUCGAAAAGGAAGACUUCCCCGUGAACAAUGCUCAACCGCCGGACUACGCACCGAAGAGUGCCAGUCAACAGAUGUCUGGUGGUUCCGGUUCCUCUUUUGUGAACGGUACUGCCGGUAGCACAUCCGGUACGGGAAAGAGCACCAGUUCCGGAACGGGUGGACGAAUAGCGAAUAUGCGAUCAUCGACCAGUACAGCGUCGGAUCAACGACGGCCCGGUAGCAUUCACGGAGGUGUCGGCCAUAGCCGAUCCGCCGGUAACCUUGUACGACGUCUUGCCACCUCAAAAAGUACACUUGAACUAAACAAGCUGCCUGCAGACGAAACGGUCACGUUUAAGAAACCGAUCAGCCGCGGCAGCUCACCUAUCCGCCAGCAGAGCCAUCAACCCCCCUACCACAGUGGCACGGGAUCGAGCAUGAGCAAAAUUCAGCGUAGCGAAAGUAGUGCCCAAAUCACGAGCCUGCGUAACGGUACGAACGGUGGCGCUGAACGUUCGCGACAGCAUAACGCAAACGUAAAGGUACAAAUUGUCACCAAACCGGUGCGCUCGAAAACGUCACUGGACAUACGCCAUCGCACGACGGCUGGACCGGCCAGUGGCAUUUACGGGCAGCGUGCAGCCAGCAUUAAUCCACACUCGGGUGUGAAUGCACACGGCGACCCGUUGGCAGAUUACGGUAGCGUUGGCAAUGUGGGCGCGCUGAUGCUAGAUCAACCGACCGGUCCCACCAUCCUUCGGUACGCUGGGCACGAAAGUUCAAGCAUGGAAUACGAAAUACAGGUGUUACGGAACGAGCACGACACGACGUUACAGGCACUGUGCAAUCGUACCGCACUGCUAUCUGCCAUCCGGAACUACACCAAAUCGGGCGAUGUAACGGGUGCGUUAAAGGUGGCAGUACGUAUGAACGAUCAGCACAUACUCGUCGACGUGCUGGGCGCAAUACUGGAGAAAACCUCCCAAUGGACACUCGAUAUGUGUGUGCUGUUACUGCCAAAGGUGUACGAUCUGCUACAAAGCGAGUAUAAAUUCCAUUGUACCCGAGCUUGCGAUACGCUGCGUGUCAUACUGUCCACAUUUCUGCCCGUGAUUCGUGAAAACACCGAUCCGUGGGGCGCAUGUACGAUCGGUGUGGACGUUAGCCGGGAGGAGCGCCAGAGCAAGUGUCUCGAGUGUAAGAACUGGCUGCUGCGAAUACGAUGUUUGCCCGAGAACCCGAAAAUGGGCAGCAACUUGCAGCAGUUGCAGAACAUGAUAGUGGACAUCUGAUAGAUGGUUUUUCCCCCUACCGCUAGAUACUUUUCUAAUGCUUUUUACCAUUUCCCACUUCCUUUCUUGCCUCUGUACGCGUUUCGUUCUUCCUGACGGAUAUGUGGAGUUUUUGUUUUGUUAUCUUCUGUCUGGUGAUCAAAUCGGAGCUUAGAUCCAGUAGCCAUGCUCGCGAUCGUUGUAAUUUGUUUUAUAUUUAAGAUGAUAACAUAUGCGCGUGGAAUCCUUUCUAACCCUUUUGCGACUAUAAGACGAAAGUAAUCAAAAAUCCCUCCGUUUGUGGGUUCGAACCUAACAUUUAACCAUUGCGUAUCGCGUAGAUAUUUAAUGGCAUUAUUGCAGAUACUUAUUACUGAACAAAUUGAAAUGAAAUAAGAAAAUGUUUGACCCAUUCACAUACCGUCAUAAACUAUGGAGCAUCAUCAUGUGAUCGUAAAACCUCAGCCUGGAAAAAACGGCCUUUUUGCGUCACGUGCACAGCGCGCGACAGCAACGUCUUGAUUGGAAUUGUUCAUAUCCGAGAAAUAUCAAAAGUAAGAGAGGACCAGUGUGAUGUAGCUUUCAAAAAGCGUUGUGCACCAAUUAUAACCCGAACGCCAUUAAUCAAUUGUUAUAUUGUGUGUGUUCUUGCUUUUAAUUGUUUCUCUUACUUUCGAUGCCGUACAAUAUGUUUGGUUUUGGUCUGUUUUUGUUUGGCCUGUCAGGGGCGGCACUGGUGGUGCAUAUGAUAAACGGCGCCUGUCUACACGACUGGACCGGGUUCAAAUCCCAUCCGGACCGUCCCCCCGAUAGCAAGAAUACGGCCAUUUGUGGUUGUUUCUCGACAGAGUAUUACAGUUCUCGAUCUGUUUCCGAAGGUUGGUUUUAUUUGUCCGAUCUAUAAUAUUAAAAAUGGAUUGUGCCUGAAACAUUUUUCUUUCGUGUUUGACUGCAAACCGACUCGAACAAUUCACAUUAUGCAAACAAGCUCGCCAUCCAAUUGUUAAAAUAAAAUACAUUUGCAUUAGUGAGAAUUUCGAAUUUCACUUCUGCUGUUCCUUUCUUUUCCAUUUUGUCCCAUUCCUUUAAAUUAUAUAACGCUCGCAUUUUUUUUUUUAAUCUAAGCUAUACUUGUGUUUAGUGUGCUUCACACACGUGUAGGCAAUCGGUUCGCUAUUAAUUUAAUGUUUGAACAAAAAAACCAUUUCUUUUCUUUCUGCUGAUGAUAUCUAAUAAGACUGAUGUUAUGUCGUUUGUUGAUGAAUGCUGUGUGGUGGAACCGGCCUGUACUAGAUACAUUAACAAAAUAAAAUUAAAAAAAAAAACAAAUAAAAAAAAGCAAGAAAAGUUAACAUAUGAUGGAUUACCAGGACGGUUGGUAAUGGAGGCGUACACUAAUAACUAAUUACGAUCUUACUAGCUAACUCGCUAAGUUACUGCAGAAUAAGUUACUGUAAAAUAUUAAGUUAACAGCAUAACAAUACGAACCCGAAUGGUCGUGCAAUGGAUCAGCAGUUGGAAUAUGUGCGAUGUGUGAUGCGAAUUCAAUAGGUUCGAUAGUCUAACGGAAGCGGAAUUUAAAAAAAAAGGUUUAAUGAAUUUGAAAAAAAACAAGAUAAAACAUAAAGCGAAACGUUGUGUAGUGAUCGGCACUAACCAAAAAAUACUAGAUUUACAUUUAAUAGCUGCAUGCCUAAAAGUAUAGUCAAUAUACAUUUACGCCUGAAGGUAAAAGCAUGGAAAAACGAUGGUAGAUAAUUAGACAAUAAUGAGCAAAAUUAGUAUACUAAACCUUCCCCCCGCUCCCCCCCUUCCCCUCCAACCCAUUCCCAUCUUUUUACAAAUUAAUAACAGUUUUUUGUUUUUCAAGAAAUAGUGCAAAAAAAAACAAAAGGCACUGUUUUGUAGGAUGAUUUGUAAAUAAAUC